GCUAUUUCAACUUCCAGCUCGUUAAUACGGACCUCUUUAGUCAUAAUACCACGUCUUAUGGCAUUUGACUCUAACAUUAUUCAACUCAUAACUUUUAUGUAGAAGAUAGUGAAAGUAACGUUACGUUAACUACACAGGUGGCGAUGUAUCUUCAAAGUAACAUUAGCCAGCGGGUUAUCUUGCAACUUAACGCUGCUGUGCUAGCUAGGUGGCUAGUUAACUGUCAGUAACGUGGAUGCAGACGACUUUUUUAUACUUGUGGAUGGAUAAAGGUGGCGAUGGUGGCCGUCCCCACGGUGCUGGGCAUAGCCUCCAUCCGUGUGUACAGAGUCAGCGAUGCUCCGCCUGAUGGGCUGAUUUCUCGUGAAACGCUGUCUGUCUACACCCCAGUGCCACAGAGUCCUCUGUUUCAUUUUGUGGCUGAGAAGCCUGGGGCACUUGAGAGCGGCUUGACCAAAGUGAGGGAGACCAUACUGCCUCUGGUCCAGGCUGCACAGGGUGCUUGUGUCUCUGUGAAAAAAGGAAGCGUUAAUCUUUACCAUGCUGGAGAGGAUGUGUACUAUUACUUGAAAGACCCUCCGCCAGGUUUUCUACCCAGACUGGGCACCAUCACCAUGGCUGGUCUGCUGGGCAUGUUCCUAGCGCGGAAAGGCUCUCGUUUCAAGAGGGUGGCAGUUCCUCUUGGCCUGAUGAGUGCAGGUGCUUCAGUGUGCUACCCUGCCCAGGCAGUGGCUGUGCUCAAGUUAACAGGUAAGAGGCUUUAUGCAGCAGGACAGUGGAGCAGUGCCUCUGUGUCGUCUCUGUUCACCUCCAAGUCCAAGGAGCAUGUUGCCAAAGAGCUUGCUUCCUCACAAACACAGUCAGCCACAGUGCCAAAGCCUGAGUCUCCAGUAGUUGAAGAGGUGCAUUCUGCCCCUUGCCACGUGGAAGAGCCCAGCUCUCCCACAGACAGCCCAGCUCAGCCCGCAGCCACCACAGAGGCAGAGAUAGAAUCAGUUGAGCUUGUUCCUGUCUCUGAUGAACCCGCUUCCGCCACCACAACAGAGGGGCUGACAUCCAUAACACACACACAGAUACCACCUGACGAAGGUCCUACACAGCCCACUGCAGAUGCUGUAGUAAAAUCUGUGCCAGCUGAGUCCACUCUCAAUUCUCUGGCACCACCCUCCCCUGUCGAAAGUGAGGAGCCUUUAGACUCCAAACAAGCACUUGAUGCCCCCUCUGCUGAAGCCAGCCCAGACCAGAUCAUGCCUACCUCUGAAGCAGAGACAGUGGUGGAGUCUGUUCCAACUGAGCCCACUCCUGCUGCCGAGGAGCCACCUGCUCCAGCUCCUUCAGACCAACCAGCAGAAUCAUCUGAGUCUGAACCUGCUCCUGAGGAGUUAGCUGAAAAACCAGUGGUUGCUGCAGUGGAGGAACCCACAGCCCCUGAGCAGGCCGCUGCAGAAAACACCACAGAGGGCUCUGGUUUCCAGGCCGACCCUGCUCUCAUGGACUUUGGCCAGUCCAACCCAGAGGAUGAAGACAUGUACAGCACUCGCAGCUGAGACCACAACAAGGCACUGGAGACACUUUUCUCUGCAUUGUCAUCUCAUAUCUCAUCCAGAUCAAUGUACAGUCUGUAUAUCCUGAGAAGUCUCUUUAUGCAGUGUAAAUAGGCUAUUCUGCAAUCCAGUAUAGUUAGGAAAUCUUGGUCAGCAUUUUCAUUUCCUUCCCAAUUCUUGUGCAAGCCUAUGCUGUCAAUAAUAUUUCCUCAAAAAGAGGUCCAAGUAUAAUGAUGCUGGAAAGACAUUGCAAUGACACUACGUGGAGUACACAGUACUGAAUCAGUUUGUAUUUGCGGAAGUGCAGAAGGACAGCGAAAUCAGGAAAACAAAUCCACCCACAACUGUUUACAAGUCUUUUAAUGCACAGAUGGCAGAGUUGUCAAAUUUUCUCCCAGUGUGUCUUUUAAAUAUAAUUGGUUGUUGUGGCACAGCUUUCACAGUCACAAAUGCAUGGUGCUUUUAUUUAUUGAAAUUUAGCCCAUCACAUUGGUAAGCUGAAAAUACUGUACAUGUGCUUGUACUGAGGAUGAUUAAAAUAAUAUUGGACUAGUGCAGUUUCAUUUUGUUAUAUCAGAGACUGUCUCCCCAAAUGUUGAUUUGAAUACCCUAAAUAAAUCUAUAUUUUUCAUGUA